GGACGCGAGACGGCUUUGGCCUGGGCACUGAUCCGCGCUUGGAAGGCUUCCCCAACUACUCGAUGAUGCAAAAUGAAGCGACAGGCGACUACUCGCUGAAGAUCUCCUCGGUGACGCUGGAGGAUGACGCCAGCUUCCAAUGUCAGAUUGGCGCCCUGGACACCGUGCCGGGCAUUCGUUCGCAGACCGCCCGAAUUACCGUCCAGGUGGCGCCCAGCGAGCCGGUCAUUGUCACCGGGGACUUUGUCAACGCCAAUCCCAGUGCCAGAAAAAGUCAACAGGUGCUUUUAACCACGGCGGGUACCACCGUCGAGCUGACCUGUGAGGCGCACGGAGGGCGACCGGCGCCAGAG